CAGAUCCCACAGAGAAACACACAAGAUAUGAAAAAAAUUGCUCAGACUCUAUAUUUCAGUCUUCUUAUCAUUGCUCUCUGUUCAUCAUCUGAAUGCUCUCAGUGCCGCUAUCACCAUAUAAACAUUGAGAAGACCUGGACUGAAGCUCAGAGAUACUGCAGAGAGAACUACACAGAUCUGGCCACAGUCAACAACAUCAAUGACAUGAAAGAACUGAUGAACACAGAAGAACUGAACGAGCUGAAGAACACUGUGAAUAAUAGUCUGGAAAUAAAGCUCUGGAUUGGGCUGAAGAGAACAGGUGUUUAUAAAUGGAAGUGGUCUCUGGGUGAUCCUGUGAAAUAUCUGAACUGGGAAACUGAACCAUCAACUGACACAAAUAAUUGUGCUUUUAUGAGAAAUGGAAAAUGGCGUCAGCAGGACUGUAAUGUGUCGUCACAGUUCAUCUGCUACAAUGACAGCAGUAAAUCAUACAUCAUUGAUACUUCUAAUAAAACAUGGAGAGAAGCUCAGAGUUUCUGCAAACAGUAUCAUACUGAUCUGAUCACUGUGAGGAACCAGACUGACAAUCAACUGAUCCACAACAUCAUUAAUAAUACUGAGACAUCUGUCUGGAUUGGUCUGUUCAGAGACUCGUGGGAGUGUGCAGAUAACACUGACUCCGCCUUCAGAAACUGGAGGUCUGAUGAGCUGAUAUUGAUCCAGAAGAAUCUGAGCUGGACUGAAGCUGUGAGAUACUGCAGAGAGAAUCAUGUGGAUCUGGUUUCAGUUGAUUCAGAGAAGAUUCAGCUCAUGGUGACUGAAGUUCUCCAUCAGGCCUCGACUGCUGAGGUGUGGCUGGGGUUAUACUAUUACUGUCUCAUGAAUCUCUGGAUCUGGGUACGAGGAGAGGUCGUCUGCUAUCAGAAUUGGGCUCCAGGGGUUCAGAUUCAACUGAAGGACUGCAGCGGUGAACACAGAGCUGGAGCGGUUCAGUCUGGAGGAGAUCAUCUCUGGAUCAGCCAUCCUCGAUCCCAAGAACUCAACUUUAUCUGCACCAGACAUGGUUCAACAUGAACAGAUGUGUGUCUGCUACCAUCUGUGAUACACAAUAUUGUUCAUUCUGACACAAUUUAGUUUUCUUAGUAACUGUUGAAUGAUAGGACAUAUAGAUGUAUUUUGACACUUCUGUGGUUUUUCUUGUGUAAAGAAUGUUAUUUGUGGAUGUUUAGAUAAUCAUGUGAUUUUAAUAACAGAUGAUAGUGAUGUGUGUUUGUUUAAC